AUGCCUAUGUUAUCGCGACAGAGUGAAUCUAAGCAAAAAUGGCGAGGAGCCGAACUGAAUAUCUCAGAAGAUUAUUCCAGAAGCUUGAGCUCCUAUUCCAGUAGUUCCGAGCCUCAGACCCCAUCGCCACUGGAUGGCAGUUUUAAUGGGCUUUUACUUUUCGAUACAAUGGACUUCAAAAAUCUUAGGAACUCUUUCAAUCUCUAUGACUGCAGAGAAGUCGAAGAUCAUACUGUUAAGCAGAAAAGAUUACCACCCAGAAAAUUCAAGAAAAGUAAUAGAAAAGUCAAUAAUUUAUAUAUGAUGAAGUCUCAAGAAGCUACGCUCUUCAAUUCACCUCCCAAAUCUAUUCUAGUACGUCCAGAAGAGAAUUUCACAGUUAUCGCGAACACAGAUUUGGAACGUCCUCAGCCGGUUCAAAAGCAAAGAGAAAGGGCUGCGUCCGUUACAACUCCUCCUUCGAAUAGAUUGAACAUUGGUCGAAUUAGAUCGAAUACGAUUUGUGCUAAUAAGACUCUACGAACUGAGGAUAACCGGAGAGAUCGUCUCUACAGUACCGAAUCGGAGAGUAAUGAUUGCGCUUACUGCAAAAGUAUAGGAAGAGAACAUUAUGGACACACGAAACAGAAAUGCCCUCGUAUUGGACUUCUAGAGCCAUGUAAGCUCUGUGGAGCUGAAGGAUAUGAUAAUCACACCGUCACCCACUGCCCGAGCUCUUCGAAGGUUUAUUUGGAGCUGGAUCCUUCAUUCUCGGAGAGACUCAUGAGAGCACAACGAGCCAGAGGUGCUGUAUGCGAAGUACAAUAA